CUCAAAACAAUACUCACUUUUACUGGCUACUUCACUGUCAAUGAUUGCAGCUAAUGUUUUGAAGUAAAGUAUUCAUAUUACAUACAGUAACUAGCCAUUUGGGUGACUAACUGGUGCAUUAAUCAGCUCUGUAUCCUUUCACAUGACAAGUUACUGACAAGCAGAGACUGACUGGGUCUCAUAUGUUACUUAACCUACAGUAUAAGAUCCUAGCUUUAGCCGGUUGGUAUCUUGUGGAAUAGACACUGCCUGGAACGCGGUUUUACCAAUCAGCAUCCAGGAUUAGACCCACCCAUUGUAUAGGAUCAACUCUGAAUAGUGAAGCCUCAGAAUUAGUAUGUAAAUUUGCUGCCUGUUCGCUCUCUCUCUCUCUCUCUCUGGUUUGUGUCUCACACUUCUGUCUGUGGUCAGUGUUCUCCACCCAUCCAGAGGAUAGUGUUGGUGUGCUGGGUGCUCCCCUCACACUACACUGUGCAGUGUCUGACUCCAGCCGCCAGGGGGCACUGUCUGUUCGAUGGGAAAGGGCCAGCGGAGAGGCAGCAGCACUGAGUCCUGGUCCUUUCAAAGGGAUCCACCAAGUGGCCAACGGAUCUCUGUUCUUCCCCCAGCUGAGAGAGGGGGACCUGGGGAGAUAUGUCUGUAGUGCAGGCAUUGGAGCCAAACACAUCAGGACUGUUGUCCAAGUGAUGGAAGCUGAGCUGGAGGCAGUGCUAUUUAGUCCUCAGUCUCAGACGGUCAGUGAGGGUCAGGCAGUGUUCCUCCAGUGUGUCUCAGGGAACAGCUCACCCCCUGCACACAUCACCUGGCUCAAAGACAACACACUCUUCACCAAAGGCACUCAGAUUCAGGGCCAAUAUGGAGGGGGUAACCAGAGGAAGACCUCAGGCACUCUGCACCUCUCUAAUGUCUUAGUAGAGGACGACGGGGAAUACGUCUGUGUCACACACAACGCCUUAGUGAACAGCAGCCUGGAGAGCAAGGCAGCUACACUCACUGUACAAGGUGAGACAAUGCACAGCCUCUUCCCUACUCCCUGCUUACCCCCUCUCUCUGCCCUGUCUUCUUAGAACAGCAUGGAUGACGGAACUAGAGUUGGUGCCAGUCUUUUUCUGUUUUAACCAGCUCCUGUAUCAAUCCACCCCGCCUUCAGAAAGUAUUCAUACCCCUUGACUCAUUCCACAUUUUAUUGUGUUACAGCCUGAAUUAAA